GAGGUGAUUGGCUGUUGAAGAGUCACAUGUUCAAAACACUGCUUAGCAAGGGGGGACUAGCAUGAGCAGCUAACAUUAGUUAGCUUUUUGAGACUAAUUAUUAGCUCCAUGACAACUACUUAAAAGUGAUAAAGAAAUGCCACAGAAGGAUCCGUGCCAAAAGCAAGCAUGUGCAAUUCAGAAGUGUUUACAAGCUAAUAAGUACGUGGAAAGCCUGUGCGAGAAGGAGAUCGCGGAGAUGCGGCGGUGCUGUCAAGUGCAUGCGGGAAACUCCAUUUGCUGCUCCGGGUUCAAAGACUCAAAACCCGCAGAGAGCAAAAGUAGCGAAUAGUUCCAUGUUGCAUGUAUUCAUGCAAGGCAUAAUUCUGCAUUGUAUCAGUAUAACAUGACAGUGGAGUUUGCUGAGUUGUUGCAUAUUUAUUUGUCUGUCUGCUACCAUCCGUUUGUAAAUUUAAAUAGUGUUUUCUCACAGCAGACAUUUUGAGAUUGCAGAGAGCCUCAUAAUCACUCAUUCCCCUGGGGCUAAAUGGCACACAUCUGGCAGCCUCACAAAGCUGAACAAUGCAAGCUGUCUAAUGUAUUUAAAUAUUAUAUCGUGUGGUUCUGUCCACACCCAAUGUAUUUCUCAUGCCUAGUAUGAAAUUUCAAGUAUGUGUGUGGCAAGGGGUUUUAUUCUAAUUAUAGUAAUAAAGAUUUUUUAAAUUGAGAAUUUCCCUGGAAAUCGAGACUAACUUGUUAUUCAUAUCUCAGCCUACAACGAACAUCGUACAGUGGAUAGCUUUUAGGGGUGUAGAGGAGAACAUGGCAGAAAGACAAAAUUUAAUGCUAGCUGGGUAGACAAGGAUGAGGCUCUAACAAUUGUUUUUUCCUUCUGGUAAAGAAAUAAAAUGUUUGCACAUUGAAUGAAA